UGCGCGUCUCUCGUUCGUAUAUAAUAGAAUUAUACAGAUUCACUGUGGUGUUUAUUUUAAAUCACUAGUUUACAUCUUUGUUUAAAUUCUCCUCUCAAUUCGUAAACGUCAGGUGCGUGCGGCUGUAAAUUUCGAAAGCAAAAAAAACGCCAUAUAUUUUUCCGCUGCGGCUCUACCUCCACCCGCCUGUCGCCAUAAUCAAAAAACACAGAAACCGAAAGCGAAACACAAACCCGCCCGUUGCCCCCGCAAGCGCCAGUGCCACCCACAAGUUCGCUAUCCUCCGAUACCAAUAUUGACAUAAUGACAACUUUUGAUGAUACACUGCAACGAGCUCGUUCGGCAUUCGCCAGCGGCAAGACCAGGGAUAUAAACUUUCGACGCAAACAAUUGGAGAAUCUGUUGCGCUGCUAUGAAGAGCAUGAAAAUGAUAUGAUCAAUGCCUUGGAGGCAGAUCUACGUCGUCCCAAGCAGGAGAGUUUGGUUGUGGAAACAGAAUUAUUGAAAAAUGAUGUUAAACAUAUUCUGUAUCAUCUCAAUGAAUGGGUCAAACCAGAGAAGCCCUCCAAAUCGUUUGUCAAUUUGAUGGAUGAUGUGCAAAUCUUUAAGGAACCCUAUGGUGUUACUCUGGUCAUUGGUGCCUGGAAUUAUCCAUUGCAAUUGCUUUUGGUGCCCGUGGCAUCGGCAAUUGCUGCCGGAAAUUGUGUUGUGAUCAAACCCAGUGAGAUAGCCGCCAAUUGUGCCAAAUUUGUUGCCGAUGUUAUACCAAAAUAUUUGGAUAAUGACUGCUAUCCAGUUGUUUGUGCUGGACCCAGCGAAACUGCUGAAUUGUUGCAGCAACGUUUUGAUUACAUUUUCUACACAGGCUCCACACGAGUGGGUAAAAUUAUUCACGCUGCGGCCAAUAAAUAUUUGACGCCUACUACCUUGGAGCUAGGCGGCAAGAGCCCCGUUUAUAUUGACAAAUCGGUUAAUUUGCGCACAGCAGUCAAACGCAUCUUGUGGGGAAAAUUGAUCAAUUGUGGUCAGACCUGCAUUGCUCCAGAUUAUGUCCUCUGCUCCAAAGAAAUGCAAGAGAAGUUCAUUGUUGAGGCCAAGGAUGUGUUAAAGGAGUGGUAUGGAGACAAUAUUCAAAGCAGUCCGGAUCUCAGUCGCAUCAUCAACCAAAAUAACUACCAACGUCUUCUGGGCUUGAUGAAAUCGGGACGUGUGGCUUUGGGUGGUAAAUAUGAUGCCAGCGAACGUUUUAUUGAGCCCACCAUAUUGGUUGAUGUCAAACCAACGGAUCCUGUCAUGGAGGAGGAAAUCUUUGGACCAGUCUUGCCUAUUUUCACAGUUGAGAAUGCCUAUGAUGCCAUUAAGUUUAUCAAUGCCAGAGAAAAACCACUUGUUAUUUAUGUGUUUUCAAACUCGAGCAAGCUAAUUAAAGAGUUCAAGAAUAAUACAACAAGCGGCGGAUUCAGCAGCAACGAAACUGUAAUGCAUUGCGGAGUUGAUGUUUUACCCUUUGGCGGUGUCGGCAUGAGUGGAAUGGGCAGUUAUCAUGGCAAAUAUGGAUUCGAUACAUUUUCACAUCAAAAAUCAUGCCUUGGCAAAGAUCUGGCUGCUAUUGGCGAGAAAUUGGCUUCAGCCCGUUAUCCACCCUAUUCGGAUCAGAAAAGUUCGUUAUUAACUUUCCUGCUGCGUAAACGCCGCCCAUUGCCCAAUCUGCAUUUGCCGUAUGUUCUGGCAUUCGGUCUGGGUGUGGGUGUAUCAGUGCUGGUCAAUUAUUUAAUACAGGUAAGAAAGGGGAAAUUGUCGCGUUAGAAGUCCACGGAGAGAUUUAUACGAUGACAGCAUGAAAUCCUUAAAUCCAAAAUCGUUUUUGCACCAUGUGGGAUACCAGUGGAUAUGGAUUGUUUUAUAUUCCAUAUAAAUACAUACACACACAUUUAUAUAUAUAUAUAAAUAUCUAUAUAUUUGGAAUUGUUUUUUUGCAAUAAAUGCAUAAGUGUAGUCUUA